UAUAAAACCAGCCCGGGAGCUGUGCGGUCUCAUCCACUCAGCACGCUCAGAAGUGUUGAUAGGGAAGCGGAAUGGAGGCAGGCAUGAACGUGCUGCAUGACGCGGGCAUCCAGGCCACUCGCUACCUGCAGGAGAACUACCAGAGCUCCCAGGACUGGUUCCUCUUUGUCUCCUUCGCCGCCGACCUCAGAAACACCUUCUUCAUCCUCUUCCCCAUCUGGUUCCACCUCUCCGAGGCCGUGGGCGUCAAGCUGAUCUGGGUGGCUGUCAUCGGGGACUGGCUCAACCUGGUCUUUAAGUGGAUCCUCUUUGGGCAGAGACCCUAUUGGUGGGUCCGGGAGACCAGUUACUAUGGCAACGCCUCCAUCCCUGGGAUCCAGCAGUUCCCCCUCACCUGCGAGACCGGCCCAGGGAGUCCCUCCGGCCACGCGAUGGGCUCGGCAGGUGUUUACUACGUGAUGGUGACUGCCAUUCUGUCGCUUGCUCUGGGGAAGAAGAAGCCGACAAUCAAGCACCAGUGCUUGCGGACAGCCCUGUGGGCCGGGUUCUGGGCCGUCCAGGUCUGCGUCUGCUUGUCUCGAGUCUUCAUCGCUGCCCAUUUUCCUCACCAAGUCAUCGCUGGGGUCCUCUCAGGUGUGGCAGUGGCUGGAGCGUUUCAAUGCAUCCCUUCCACCCUCACCACCAGUCUCCGGCGGUGCCUGGGCACCAUCUUCUUCCUGUUUUUUUUUACCAUCAGCUUCGCCCUGGGGUACUACCUGCUCCUGAACGCCCUCGGGGCGGACCUGCUGUGGACUCUGGAGAAAGCCAAGCGGUGGUUCAACCGGCCGGAGUGGGUCCACAUUGACACCACCCCCUUCGCCAGCCUCCUCCGGAACCUGGGCAUCCUAUUUGGGCUGGGGCUGGCCCUCAACUCCCAGAUGUACCUGGAGAGCUGCAAAGGGAAAGCGAGCCAGCAGCUGCCCUUCCGCCUGAGCUGCAUCGCGGCCUCGCUCCUUGUCCUGCAUCUCUUCAACUCCUUCAAGCCUCCCACCACAGUGGAGCUGCUGUUUUACGUCCUGUCCUUUUGUAAGAGCGCGGCCGUGCCGGUGGCUGCUGCUGGCUUCAUCCCCUACUGCAUCACCCAGCUCAUCAGGAAGCAGGAGGAAAAGCUUUUGUAGGAGAGAGCAGGGCCA